AUGUUGUCGUCGUUCCCUGAGCUCUAUUUCAACGUCGUCAGUGGCUACCUGGAGGGCCUGGUGCGGGGUUUCAAGGCAGGGGUGCUGAGCCAGUCCGAUUACGUCAACCUGGUGCAGUGCGAGAGCCUGGAAGAUUUGAAGCUCCAUCUCCAGAGCACAGACUAUGGGAACUUCCUGCCAAACGAAGCCUCCCCUCUCACCGUUUCCGUCGUUGAUGACAAGCUGAAGGAGAAGAUGGUGGUGGACUUCCGCCAUAUGAGAAAUCAUGCCUAUGAACCCCUGGCCAGCUUUUUGGACUUCAUCACGUACAGCUACAUGAUUGACAACGUGAUCCUGCUCAUCACCGGGACUCUGCACCAGCGCUCCAUUGCCCAGUUGGUGCCCAAAUGCCACCCCCUGGGAAGCUUCGAGCAGAUGGAGGCAGUGAACAUUGCCCAGACUCCGGCAGAGCUGUACAAUGCCAUCCUGGUAGACACACCCCUGGCUGCCUUUUUCCAGGAUUGCAUCUCAGAGCAAGACCUUGAUGAGAUGAACAUCGAAAUUAUUCGUAAUGCGCUGUACAAGGCCUACCUUGAGUCCUUCUACAAGUUUUGCAAGAUCCUGGGAGGCACGACCGCUGAUGCCAUGUGCCCCAUCCUGGAGUUCGAAGCUGACCGGAGGGCCUUCAUUCUCACCAUCAACUCCUUUGGCACAGAACUCUCCAAGGAGGAUUGGGCCAAGCUGUUCCCCCACUGUGGGAAGCUCUAUCCAGAGGGCCUGGCUCAGCUGGCCAGAGCGGAUGACUACGAGCAAGUCAAAGCAGUAGCCGAUUACUACCCAGAAUACAAACUUCUGUUUGAAGGAGCAGGCAGCAACCCUGGUGACAAAACAACAACAACAACACAGUUAGAUAACGACAACAGUUCACAAUCUAUGACCCAGGAACCAGAUCCAGCUGCUGUGAUCUUUUGUUCUGUAGAAACAAGGUUGUCCAUUCCAACAAUACUGAAACAGUCUUCUAUUCUGAAUUGCAGGAACAGAUCUAUUGCAGGAGUGGAAUCUCUAGACGAGUAUGAAAAGAGAGCGGAAGAAUUGGCCCAGAACUGCUGGGAAGCAGAAAUGGCCAUGAUCAAAAAAUGGCACUACGAGUGCGUGGAUCUCUUAAGAUGUCAUCCAUGUUGUGGAAUAUCUCCUGAUUUCGAGGAGGAAGAUCUAAGCGAGGAUGAUCCCAGCAUGGAAAACCAACAAUGUGGCGGAGAGGAAGAUGAAAAUGAGAUCGAGGAAGAGAAGGUGAAAGAGAAAGUUCACUUUUAG